AUGGAUGCUAGUGACAGAAAAAAACAGUGGAAGGAGUCGUCUACUCCUUCACACUGUAUGUCCACUGAUUUAGAGGGAUUGCCUUUCCCUGUUGCUGAAAAAAAGUCUGUAGAGCCGAAGAAAAAGACAGUUCUUUUUGCUCCAUCUACCAAAAAGUGCCAAGAAGAUAUUUACCCCAAGACACAAGACAAUUCCUACCAGAAAGUGAAACAACCGAAUGUAAGAAAUGAUAAGAUGAACAUUUUGAAUAAUGCAGCAAGCCCAAGGGGUGUUAGAUUUGGAUCCUCUGAGAGCCAUCAGGCCAAUGCCCCACUGAGUCGUAUCAACAGAGUUCGGCCUCAGAUCGGCAAUAAAAUUGAGGGAAUCUCUUCUUUAAGGAGAUUCAAGACAACUAAGAAGACAACUGAGGUUGACAAAAGCUUUGCGGUGCCCAAAAGCCACUUGAAUAUUUUGGAUGAGAAAUUGCAAGAGCUUAAUUUGAAGUGCCAGAAAACAGAAGCUGAUUUGCAAAGUGCUGAGCAGGUACUAGCCGCUUCUCGCCAUUCAUCCUCUGAAGAAGUGGACGACUACGGCAUGUUGACAGCACCCAAUGCACAAUCCCCAAAAGACUUGAAGAUCGCAAUUCUACGUGAUGAACUCUUAGAAAAAACCUUGACUAUCAAAAACCUGACCAAAGAUCUCGAAUACGCCGAACAGGUGAUCCAACAGCAGAAUAUGGCGAACAGAAAGUUGAAGGCGUCGAUCAUAAAACUGAAAAGUCAAAACUAUAUCAGCAACACUCUUCUGAAGGAAGAACUUCACCUGCAAUACAAACUGGAGCUCCAGAAAGUUCGUGAUGAACUCGAGGCCCUCAAGACCGAACUGAGAGCUGAAAAAGCAAAUCAGGCAAGAAACAACAAAUCCCUCGAAGUUCUGAGAAAAUAUUUUACUGAUGGAACCUCUUUUGCCCACUCUGACAAUCAGGCAGAGGAGGAUUCAAUUUAA